AGACGGAUUUGGCGAGUGAAUUAUGUUGUGCUUGACGCGAAACCGUACAUUUAUAUAAAAAAAUUAACGAAUUAAUUAAUUAUUUAAGCAUUAAAAUAUUGAACUAUCAUAAAAGAAGUAACAACAGGCUUAGUUGUGAUAUAUAUUUUCACGAUAUCAUUCAUAUCUUAUUUUUAGCAAUGUUAAUCUCGUGCAUUGUUUCUCAUUCAUGAAUAAAAGUAAAGGUUUGAUGGUUCAAAAGAAUUUUCAUUGAAUCUAUUUUCAUUUUUCUUAUAAGUGAAUUAUAUUGAAUCUAUUUUCACUUUUAUUAUAAAUGAAUUACCCACUUCAAAAUAAUUUUACUCUCUGAGUAUCAAAACAACCUGAGAUGAGAUUAUCCAAGAUGGCGAAUUUUUCGCAGUCUGGCACCAUUGCGUUGAGCUGGAUGAGAAGCCGGCCAAUAAUAGCCAGAGAUAUAAUUGAUUAAUUAAGUAAGCAAGCAUUUAAUUAUUGGGCUAUCAUAGCGAUAAUUAGAACAGGUAUUCUUGCAUUAGUUCUGUGGGAUUUGCUGAAUUUCACUCUAAUUAUUUCAAAGAAAAUCAGUAUGAAAAUGGAAGGCUAGAAGUAGAGAAAAAGAAUUUGGAAGAGUGCCAAAAUUGCAAAGACAUUUCAUAUUUUGGCACUUUGUUUUACACAUACAUUUGGCGAAUCCUUGACCGCUUCCACUGGAAUGAUCAAUUGCAAUUAACCGGAGAGGAAUUUUGUCGUCAGGAAUAUCUGCAAUUUCAAGUGUCUUGAAUUUCGUACCAGAAAAUUCGACUGUCAGCAAUCUACUUUUUCUGUCAGUGCGCAACACCCAAAAAUUAUGAAACAAAUUACGAAAACCAAAAAAAGUAAAGAAAAAUUUUAAAAUAGGAAUACUACUUAAAAAAGACCUCCAUAUCUUUAUAGUAAGGAUGGAGAAAAUCGAGUUACCAAAGGUGGAAAAUAAAAUGAUGUUAACAGGGAAUCUGAUAAAAGAAGAAGCAGAAAAUAUACUACUUAAAAAACAAUGUUUCGUCCUUAGAAGAAGAGUACCUGAAGAUGAUAUAAAAAUGUGUGCAAAUAAAAUAACUUCGAAACGACGAAAGAAUAUCAUAACUACGAAACAGAAAACUCUAGUGAAUGCGUCCAAAACACAAAUAUCCAAAAGCCGUUCACGACACAAUUCAGAUUCAAUAAGAAAGCAGAUACCGAACCAAAGACAGGCGCACGCAACAAUGGAACUAUCACAGCAAAACGGCAGAGUGCCUGCAAGUCAGUUGGAAAAUGGAUUUUUGGAAAAGAGAGCAAACGGAGCUCUCUUAAUGCGUUUCCCAAAAAACACCACGGAACUCACAAAUGACAAAGAUCCCACAAAAUCUCAUAUUCCCUGUCCUAUGCACUCAAAACGUAGUGAUGGGAAAAUUAAUAACAAUGCAAAUUUGGAAGGAUCCACUCAACUUGUUGAGAAUCAAAAUAUUAUUUCAUCUGGAAAAACGAGUGAAGUACCUGUAAGAAAGAUUAAAACAGGCUCUGGAAAGCCAUUUCCCCGUUCAACUUCUGAUACGGAAUCUAAUCAUUGCAAUGCAGAAGGAAACAAUUCUUCGUCCACGAAGAUCACCACAUGUACUUUGAAUUCCACACCAGUUCUCCCGAAUAAUGCUGAGCCACGUCAUUACACACCAAAAUUAUCUGUAGCUGAAGUCAAAGCUUAUUGUGCGGGCCAUACCCCUUUAAGCUCUGUCAUAGAGCCUUUGCAUGGCACUGCAGAAGAGAGUAGAAAUUCAUCGAUUGGAGCAGAGAAAAUAUUACUUAAAAAACAAUGUUUCGUCCUUAUAAGAAGAAUGACGGAAGAUGAUAUAAAAAUGUGUGCAAAUAAAAUAACUUCGAAACGACGAAAGAAUAUCAGAACUACGAAGCAGAAAACUCUAGUGAAUGCGUCCAAAACACAAAUAUCCAAAAGACGUUCUCGACACAAUUCAGAUUCAAUAAGAAAGCAGAUACCGAACCAAGGACAGGCACACGCAACAAUGGAACUAUCACAGCAAAACGGCAGAGUGCCUGCAAGUCAGUUUCAAAAUGGAAUUUUGGAGAAGAAAGCAAACGGGGCUUUCUUAAUGCGUUUCCCAAAAAACACCACGGAACUCAUAAAUGACAAAGCUCCCACAAAAUCUCAUAUUCCCUGUCCUCUGCACUCAAAACGCAGUGAUGGGAAAAUUAAUAACAAUGUAAUUGUGGAAGAAUCCAUUCAACAUGUUGAGAAUCAAAAUAUUAUUUCAUCUGGAAAAACGAGUGAAGUACCUGUAAGAAAGAUUAAAACAGUCUCCGGAAAGCCAUUUCCCCGUUCAACUUCUGAUACGGAAUCUAAUCAUUGCAAUGCAGAAGGAAACAAUUCUUCGUCCACGAAGAUCACCACAUGUACUUUGAAUUCCACGCCAGUUCUCCCGAAUAAUGCUGAGCCACGUCAUUACACACCAGAAUUAUCUGUUAAAACAGGCAGUGAAAAGCCAUUUCCCUGUUCAACUUCUGAUACGGAAUCUAAUCAUUGCAAUGCAGAAGGAAGCAAUUCUUCGUCCACGAAGAUCACCACAUGUACUUUGAAUUCCACACCGAUUCUCCCGAAUAAUGCUGAGCCACGUCAUUACACACCAGAAUUAUCUGUAACUGAAGCCAAAACUUGUUUUGCGGCCCAUACCCCUUUAAGCUCUGUCAUAGAGCCUUUGCAUGGCACUGCAGAAGAGAGUAGAAAUUCAUCGAUUGGAGCAGAGAAAAUAUUACUUAAAAAACAAUGUUUCGUCCUUAUAAGAAGAAUGACGGAAGAUGAUAUAAAAAUGUGUGCAAAUAAAAUAACUUCGAAACGACGAAAGAAUAUCAGAACUACGAAGCAGAAAAUUCUAGUGAAUGCGUCCAAAACACAAAUAUCCAAAAGACGUUCUCGACACAAUUCAGAUUCAAUGAGAAAGCAGAUACCGAACCAAAGACAGGCGCACGCAACAAUGGAACUAUCACAGCAAAACGGCAAAGUGCCUGCAAGUCAGUUUGAAAAUGGAUUUUUGGAGAAGAAAGCAAAUGGGGUUCUCUUAAUGCGUUUCCCAAAAAACACCACGGAACUCACAAAUGACAAAGAUCCCUCAGAAUCUGAUAUUCCCUGUCCUAUGCACUCAAAACGUAGUGAUGGGAAAAUUAAAAACAAUUCAAUUUUGAAAGGAUCCACUCAACUUGUUGAGAAUCAAAAUAUUAUUUCAUUUGGAAAAACGAGUGAAGUACCUGUAAGAAAGAUUAAAACAGGCUCCGGAAAGCCAUUUCCCCGUUCAACUUCUGAUACGGAAUCUAAUCAUUGCAAUGCAGAAGGAAACAAUUCUUCGUCCACGAAGAUCACCACAUGUACUUUGAAUUCCACACCGAUUCUCCCGAAUACUGCUCAUCCACGUCAUUACACACCAGAAUUGUCUGUAACUGAAGCCAAAACUUGUUUUGCGGCCCAUACCCCUUUAAGCUCUGUCAUAGAGCCUUUGCAUGGCACUGCAGAAGAGUGUAGAAAUUCAUCGAUUGGAGCAGAGAAAAUAUUACUUAAAAAACAAUGUUUCGUCCUUAUAAGAAGAAUGACGGAAGAUGAUAUAAAAAUGUGUGCAAAUAAAAUAACUUCGAAACGACGAAAGAAUAUCAGAACUACGAAGCAGAAAACUCAAGUGAAUGCGUCCAAAACACAAAUAUCCCAAAGACGUUCUCGACACAAUUCAGAUUCAAUAAGAAAGCAGAUACCGAACCAAGGACAGGCACACGCAACAAUUGAACUAAUUAAGAGUAUCAUAAAGUUCAACCGACCAAAGAAUAUCAUAAUUUCGAAACGAGGAAAGAAUAUCAUAAUUUCGAAACGACGAAAGAAACACAUAACUACGAAACAGAAAACUCUAGUGAAUGCGUCCAAAACACAAAUAUCCAAAAGACGUUCUCGACACAAUUCAGAUUCAAUAAGAAAGCAGAUACCGAACCAAGGACAGGCACACGCAACAAUGGAACUAUCACAGCAAAACGGCAGAGUGCCUGCAAGUCAGUUUCAAAAUGGAAUUUUGGAGAAGAAAGCAAACGGAGCUUUCUUAAUGCGUUUCCCAAAAGACACCACGGAACUCACAAAUGACAAAGAUCCCACAAAGCCAUUUCCCCGUUCAACUUCUGAUACGGAAUCUAAUCAUUGCAAUGCAGAAGGAAACAAUUCUUCGUCCACGAAGAUCACCACAUGUACUUUGAAUUCCACACCGAUUCUCCCGAAUACUGCUCAUCCACGUCAUUACACACCAAAAUUGUCUGUAGCUGAAGUCAAAGCUUAUUGUGCGGGCCAUACCCCUUUAAGCUCUGUCAUAGAGCCUUUGCAUGGCACUGCAGAAGAGAGUAGAAAUUCAUCGAUUAGAGCAGAGAAAAUAUUACUUAAAAAAAAUUGUUUCGUCCUUAUGAGAAGAAUACCGGAAGAUGAUAUAGAAAUUUGUGCGGAUAAAAUAACUUCGAAACGACGAAAGAAUAUCAUACCUUUCAAACAACCAAAGAAUAUCAUAAUUUCGAAACGAGGAAAGAAUAUCAUAAUUUCGACACGACGAAAGAAACACAUAACUACGAAACAGAAAACUCUAGUGAAUGCGUCCAAAACACAAAUAUCCAAAAGACGUUCUCGACACAAUUCAGAUUCAAUAAGAAAGCAGAUACCGAACCAAGGACAGGCACACGCAACAAUGGAACUAUCACAGCAAAACGGCAGAGUGCCUGCAAGUCAGUUUCAAAAUGGAAUUUUGGAGAAGAAAGCAAACGGGUCUUUCUUAAUGCGUUUCCCAAAAAACACCACGGAACUCACAAAUGGCAAAGAUCCCACAAAAUCUCAUAUUCCCUGUCCUAUGCACUCAAAACGUAGUGAUGGGAAAAUUAAUAACAAUGCAAUUUUGAAAGGAUCCACUCAACUUGUUGAGAAUCAAAAUAUUAUUUCAUUUGGAAAAACGAGUGAAGUACCUGUAAGAAAGAUUAAAACAGGCUCCGGAAAGCCAUUUCCCCGUUCAACUUCUGAUACGGAAUCUAAUCAUUGCAAUGCAGAAGGAAACAAUUCUUCGUCCACGAAGAUCACCACAUGUACUUUGAAUUCCACACCAGUUCUCCCGAAUAAUGCUGAGCCACGUCAUUACACACCAGAAUUAUCUGUUAAAACAGGCAGUGAAAAGCCAUUUCCCUGUUCAACUUCUGAUACGGAAUCUAAUCAUUGCAAUGCAGAAGGAAACAAUUCUUCGUCCACGAAGAUCACCACAUGUACUUUGAAUUCCACACCGAUUCUCCCGAAUAAUGCUGAGCCACGUCAUUACACACCAGAAUUAUCUGUAACUGAAGCCAAAACUUGUUUUGCGGCCCGUACGCCUUUAAGCUCUGUCAUAGAGCCUUUGCAUGGCACUGCAGAAGAGAGUAGAAAUUCGUCGAUUGGAGCAGAGAAAAUAUUACUUAAAAAACAAUGUUUCGUCCUUAUAAGAAGAAUGACGGAAGAUGAUAUAAAAAUGUGUGCAAAUAAAAUAACUUCGAAACGACGAAAGAAUAUCAGAACUACAAAGCAGAAAACUCAAGUGAAUGCGUCCAAAACACAAAUAUCCAAAAGACGUUCUCAACACAAUUCAGAUUCAAUAAGAAAGCAGAUACCGAACCAAGGACAGGCACACGCAACAAUGGAACUAUCACAGCAAAACGGCAGAGUGCCUGCAAGUCAGUUUCAAAAUGGAUUUUUGGAGAAGAAAGCAAAUGGGGUUCUCUUAAUGCGUUUCCCAAAAAACACCACGGAACUCACAAAUGACAAAGAUCCCUCAAAAUCUGAUAUUCCCUGUCCUAUGCACUCAAAACGUAGUGAUGGGAAAAUUAAUAACAAUGUAAUUGUGGAAGAAUCCAUUCAACAUGUUGAGAAUCAAAAUAUUAUUUCAUCUGGAAAAACGAGUGAAGUACCUGUAAGUAAGAGUAAAACAGGCUGUGGAAAGCCAUUUCCCCGUUCAACUUCUGAUACGGAAUCUAAUCAUUGCAAUGCAGAAGGAAACAAUUCUUCGUCCACGAAGAUCACCACAUGCACUUUGAAUUCCACACCAAUUCUCCCGAAUAAUGCUGAGCCACGUCAUUACAGACCAGAAUUAUCUGUUAAAACAGGCAGUGAAAAGCCAUUUCCCUGUUCAACUUCUGAUACGGAAUCUAAUCAUUGCAAUGCAGAAGGAAACAAUUCUUCGUCCACGAAGAUCACCACAUGUACUUUGAAUUCCACACCAGUUCUCCCGAAUAAUGCUGAGCCACGUCAUUACACACCAGAAUUAUCUGUAACUGAAGCCAAAACUUGUUUUGCGGCCCAUACCCCUUUAAGCUCUGUCAUAGAGCCUUUGCAUGGCACUCCAGAAGAGAGUAGAAAUUCAUUGAUUGGAGCAGAGAAAAUAUUACUUAAAAAACAAUGUUCCGUCCUUAUAAGAAGAAUGACGGAAGCUGAAUUAUCAAUGGUUAAAAAUAGAAUAAAGCUAAGAGGGAGUCGGAUAAAAGAAGAAGCAGAGAAAAUACUACUUAAAAAACAAUGUUCCGUCCUUAUAAGAAGAAUGACGGAAGAUGAUAUAAAAAUGUGGGCAAAUAAAAAUACUUCGAAACGAGGAAAGAAUAUGAGAGCUACGAGACGGGAAAAAAUAGUGAAUGCGUCUAAAACACAAAUAUCCAAAAGUCGUCCUCGACAAAAUCCUGAUUCAAUAAGAAAGCAGACACCCAACCAAAGACAGGCGAGUAACUUAGCACGUGCAACAAUAGAACUAUCACAGCAAAACGGCAAAGUGCCUACAAGUGAGUUUGAAAAUGGAUUUUUGGAAAAGAGAGCAAACGGAGCUUUCGUAAUGAGUUUCCCAAAACAAAACUCGGAACUCACAAACGACAAAGACCCCUCAAAAUCUGAUAUCCCCAAUGGAUAUGGAUUUUAUCUUACAGUAUUUAAAAAUUAUUUAAAUGAAUUAAACGGAAGCAAGAGGAGUCAUAUUUUAAAUGAACUCUCGGAACGAAAUCUGGAAAAGAACCUAAUUUUAAAGAAUGAAAAUAUUGUUAAUAAAGGAUUAGUUGAAUGGAUUAUAAAAAAAGCUUUAAACAGAGAAGAUAUUUCGCUGCAAGAUGAUUGGCGAAGGAUAACACAUGCAGCGACGAAAGCUGAAAAACAUAUAGCGUCGGAAGCAUUUGUCAUAUCAAAAGACAAAGAUAAGACGCUGAGAAAACGAAAGGCUCCAGCUGAUGAAAGUUCCAAAUUCAAUUCGCAAAAGGUCUUUAAACUCUCCUUUGCAACUUUGGCUCAGAAAAAAGUGGAAGUAGCUAGAUCGAUAAAAGAGAAGGUAUCUACUGUCUUUGAAGCAAUUAAUUUAAAAGAAAAUAGUAAAUCCACCUAUAUACCUAUAAUUGAAACCGAAAUCAGUAAUACUGAGACGGUAGAUCUAAAUCAAUUCGAAAUUUUAACUACCUUGUUGCAUGUGUUACAUAUAGAAAAUAUAAGUGAAGUGCAAAUAACUUUUGAUGAGCUUAGAGGGGAUAAGCAAAAGACAAUUUUUGUGUCUUAUAUCGAAAACUACAUUUCCGCAAACUCUGAAAAAAAUAGAUCUAACAUUUACAUUCAAAACAGAUUUCUUGCAAUUAGCAGUGCAAUUUGCACCUGCUGUUUUUUUCGUCUGGCAGAACGCAGACCUAGGCACUCAAAAUAUAGUCAUAUUAAAGAAGAUAACAAUGCAAUUUUGGAAGAAUCCAUUCAGCUUGCUGAGAAUCAAAAUAUUAUUUCACGUGGAAAAACGAGUGAAGUAUCUGUAACAAAAAUAAAAACAGGCUCAGAAGAGCCAUUAGCCUGUUCAACUUCUGAAAGAUACGAAACCCAGGCUCAUUUGAGUUCUGGCUUGGGAUCAGCUGAUGACACCCCAGGAGAGAGUGGAGAUUCAUUGAUUGCAAAAAUCACCACACAUGGGGAUUCUCCAAGUAUAGAUAGUUUCCCUAAGCGUGUAAAAGAAAUCCUGGAUAAAUCUAAUUCCAAAGCACUAGAAACUUGUUCUGCAAACUCAACACCAACUUUGGAAUCCUUUCAUGACACUGCAGAUGAAAAGAAUAAUUCUUCAUCUGCUAUUGUCUCCAUAUCUAAGGAAAGACUGAUUAACGAAAUCGAAGACGACCAUGAAGUGUCUGAAGAAAGUUGUGAUGAACAAAAUUGUGAGAUAUUUAAAACUGUACUUCGCACCACGAACGAGAAAGCUGCACCGGCAAUAGAAUAUAUAUGUUUUAGAUUUUUUAAGCCGUUUUUAAAACCUAUAAUUGAUGAAAAUGAGUUUGUUUUAAAGGCAGGUGACUCGGGUAAUCUUAAUAAAUUGAUGAAACUCGUGGGAAUAAAUAUUUCUUAGAAUAUUUAUUCAGCAGAGUUUUAAAAAAAAUCGUACAAUGAGAAAUGAAGCUAAAGUAAAAACAAAUUGUAUUAUUCUGUACAGUUAUUUAGCAGUGCUAAAAAUGUUUUGUAUAUGUUUUCGUGCAAAAAUUGUAAAACACUUUUAAUAAAAUGUAAAUAUUAAACUUGAAAUCUGUAAUCUUCAUUAAUUCGAUUGAAUAUAAUAUUCUAACAACACCCAUUUUGUUGGGAUUGUUAAAUACAUCUUGUAUUUUCUAUAUAUUAACAUGAAAUUCUUCUUUUUUUGAUAAAGUCUAAAAAUGAGAAAUGAA